AUGCGAAAUUUAUCACUCCUCGCACUUGUACUUGUUUCUACAUCCCUUCUUUCAGGCUCACAACACCAUGCCGAGGCCAUUAUGAUAGAUAGUACAUCACAAAGUAUGCUAUCCCAAGAAUUUGGCAAUCGAUUGAUACGUCGAUAUGGUGGUAGCUUAGGAGGGGGUGAUAGAAUGUUUAAUAAAAGAUAUAACGUAAUAUCAUCCGGCCUUCAGGAAAGAGCCGAAGUAGACAAUGCUAAAAUUCCAAAUCCCAAAGCUAAAGUUCUAAUACCCAAGGCCAAUAAUCAACCUCCCAAGAAACCUGCUAUUAAGGAAGCUAAAGAACCAGCGAAAAAUCCCAAAGGCAAGGAAGCCGUUGGUAAGAAUGUAACACCAAAACAAGUUCCUAAAAUGACAAAAUUAAAGGACAUUGAAGAUACUACAGAUCCAAAGAAACCGGAACCAAAGAAAGAACAAAAGAAAUUAGAUGACGUAAAAGAAAAAGAAUCAGAAGGCAAAGUUCAAGAACAAAAAGAUAAAUCUUCCGCAGCAGAUGACCAAGGUGGCGCGCCAGUUGGAUCAGCUCCGCAAGUUCAAACUGGUGGUUUAUCAUAUCAAGCUGCAGCUGGACUUACCACUGUCGGUGGAGUCAUGGUUUUGGUUACCGGUCUAUUUGCCUUUGUCCGUAGAAAGAAAAAUAAAGAAAUGACAAACAGCAUCGUGUCAACUUCAGCAACUGCUUGGGAACAACAAAACUCCGCAUAUGAAAAAAUGGAUGAGGAAACCAAACCAUUAGGUUCAUACACAGUUAUUGCAACUUAUACACCAGCAUUGGCCGAUGAGUUGGAUAUACAACCAGGGGACAAGGUUACGAUCUUGGUUGAGUAUGAUGAUGGAUGGGUGCAAGGUAUUAAUGAAACACGUGGUGGAGCCAAAGGUGUCUUCCCUCGCCAUUGUGUAGACAUGAACACCGUCCUAAAUAACAAACGAUCAAGUUCCAUAGGAGGAUAUACAGUGGUGGAUCUUAACUAG